AUGCUGAAGAAUCGCUUGCAACGACGUCUCAAGAUCGAUAAUGCCCAAUUACUGGCCUCUACCCUGUGUUCGGGUGAUACGAACACCAUCAAACGGGAAGUCCAAGUGCUAAUAGAUUCCAUGUUGGAACGUUAUGAACAUCAGCUGGUCGAUGACAUCGUGCAUGAGGCAAUGUUGGAGGUACACGGCUGUAAACCACCAUCGCAAAUGUUGAAUUUAUUAUGGGCCAUAUAUCGUGGCAAUGAUCAGAAAUCUUUCGAAUUAAUGAUAAAAUUCCAAUUGAAGUUCUACCACAAUGCCCUCAAACGGGAGCAGGUGCCUGAUAUGGAACUCCAACGGAUGUUUGGCAAGAAUUUAUAUAAAUUUAAAAACUCCCCAUUCUAUGGUAGUUUGAGCGGCAAUGUGAAACAGCAAAUCGAUUUUGCAACACACAAGCUAUCCUCAAACUUGCAAUAUUUGCUGUUCCAACCGUACUUUUGUCUUAUGAAUUCGAAAUAUUCCGAAUACAUGUACACUGCUAUGGGUCAGAGAAAUUUAGAUGCCUCGAGUCGUCAUGUUUGGCUGUGGCAUGCUAAAAUGAGCAUCGACAAUACUGGACACAUACAGGCCAUACCACAAGACCUAAAUCGAACGGAUACAAGUGACCUAUUAGUUCAGCUUAUGGGCAUCACAUACAAAGUCAUCUACUAUAUGAGAGCUGGCGAUAAGAUGAUUGCAGCCUGGGAACCACAAUCAACAGAACCAAUGAAUCAUCUUUGGAAUGUAGAGCUAAUCGAUGCUGAUCGUGUGGUUUUCUAUCAGGGCGAUUACAUUAUGUGUUCAACAGAUGAAAAGCACGACGGUGAGAGACGUACGGUCAGAGCCUAUGAACGUGGAACUUAUACGUUCGGAUCGAACGAAUGUCAAUGGUUGUUGGGAAAAUGUAAUCGCAGAUAA